AUGAGUGGUGGUAGCGGCAGUGGUGGUAGUGGUAACAAUACUGGUAGUGGUAGCCCUUGUGGGGCUUGCAAGUUUCUUAGAAGGAAAUGUGUUCCGGGUUGUAUCUUUGCUCCGUAUUUUGAUGCAGAGCAAGGUACAACCCAUUUUGCGGCGGUCCAUAAGGUUUUUGGGGCUAGCAAUGUGUCCAAGCUUCUACUUAACAUUCCUAUGCAUAAGAGGCUUGAUGCAGUCAUCACCAUUUGUUAUGAAGCACAGUCACGCCUCAGAGAUCCUGUUUAUGGCUGUGUUUCACACAUUUUUGCCCUUCAGCAACAGGUUUUGGGGAGAUGGUCGGUGGUGAGCUUACAAGCAGAACUCUCAUACCUUCAAGGCCACCUUGCUCAAAUGGAGUUACCCCAACCACCACCUGCUCCGACGCAAACGGUGGCGGCGGCGGCGGCACCACCAGGUUUCUCAAUGGCAGACUUACCAGCGGCCACUGCAGCGGCGGUGCCGGCCACCACCUAUGAUCUGUCUUCACUUUUUGAUCCAACGGGGCAAGGUUCAUGGGCCAUGCAACAUAGGGCAAUUGACCCACGUCAAUACGUGGGUGCUCCUCCAUCAACUUCUACGAGUGCUGAUGUUCGAGCAGUGGCACGUGACCUUCCUAAUCGACAUGGCUCUCCUCCAUCACCCCCUGCAUCAAGCUCCAAUGCUUCACCAUCUCUAUCCCUUUCUAAAUGA